AUAAAUAAAUCUUAAAAAAAAAAAAAAAACCUGGGUGCCCCUUUCCCCGCCCACUGUCCCCUCCUGUCUUCUGCUUUCUGCUCUCCCUCCACUCAGGACAGCAUGGUGGGCUGUGUGCUAAGCCCCGAGGUCUCCAAGGCUAAAACUGCCUCUGCCCAGGAGGAAUGGAAGCCCAUUUACCCAAGGGAAGCAGGGCCACGCCACGGCUUGUACCUGAGGUGCUUAGUUUUAUUUGUGGGAGCCCCGAACGGCACACUCCCUGAAAGUCCUGUCAGCAGGAGAAUGGGUAAACGCUUGUGGUGUCUGCACACGGAGGGGACCCUGGGCGCGAGAAGGAGCCACGGGCCUGUCAGUGACACGAGUGGCUCUAAAGCAGUGAUGCUGAAGGAGAAGCCAGACCCAAAGCCGUGGUGCCGCCCUCGGUGCAUGAUCCUGUAAGAUGCAAACUCUUCGGUAGUGACAGAGCAACGUAGUGGUACCUGGGCUUAGGUGGGGGUGCAGCCUAGGGGACAGAGGGCACAAGGGAGACUUUGGGGGCGAAGUUUGUGUUCUUACUGCAUUGGGCUGGUGGUAUGUGUACCCAUGUGUGCAUAUGGGUUUCAGAAACCAUCAAAUUGUAGCUUAUGUGUUCAUUGUGUGUCCAAUAAAGCCAUUAAAAAAAAAGCCAACAAACUGUUGUAAAAUAUUAAAAAAAAAAAAAAAAGCCAACAAUCCUUACUCUGCAGAAGCUCACAGUUGGGAAGCGAAAGGAGGGGGAUACAGACACCCAAGCAGGAGCACUAAGCAAGGAGGAAAUCACUUUGGAAGCAGAGUUGGGGGCAGCAUGCUGGUGCAAGGAGCAGCAGGACCAAUGGCCGGGGUUCCGGGGAGUGGUGAGGACUGGACUCAGCUCAGAGGGGCUUGAAGUGAGAGGGCUGGACUGUGGCAGCAUCUUUUCCUCGUCUCCCCUUUCUGUCCCUUGCCCACGCCUCAACUGCUUCUCUGCCUGUGCCCCAGAACUGGAUCACGCCCUCCCUACCUUUUUUACUAAGAAUACAGUGGGCUGGGUAGAACCCCUGGGUCUCAGUUCUGACCUUGUGGCCUCCUACAGGAAGGGGCCCUGGAUCUUCUGAAGAAGCUGAACAGCUGUCAGAUGUCCAUCCAGCUACUCCAGACCACCAGGAUUGGUGUCGCCGUCAAUGGGGUCCGCAAGCACUGCUCAGACAAGGAGGUGGUGUCCUUGGCCAAAGUUCUCAUCAAAAACUGGAAGCGGCUAUUGGACUCACCUGGGCCCCCCAAAGGAGAAAAAGGAGAGGAAAAAGAAAAAGCAAAGAAGAAGGAAAAAGGACUGGACUGUCCAGAUUGGAAGCCAGAAGCAGGCCUUUCCCCACCAACAAAAAAGCGAGGGGAAGAGCCCAAGGAGAGGAGGGACUCUGCGGACUCCAGGUCUUCAGUCGCCUCCUCUCCAAGAAGGCCAUCGAUGGAGAGAUCACACAGCAGCAAAUCAAAAGCAGAGACCCCCAAAACACCCAGCAGCCCCUUGACCCCCAUCUUUGCCCCCUCCGCCUGUCUCCUGGCGCCCUGCUAUCUCACUGGGGACUCUGUGCGGGACAAGUGUGUGGAGAUGCUCUCAGCGGCCCUGAAAGCUGACGAUGAUUACAAAGACUACGGAGUCAACUGUGACAAGAUGGCAUCAGAAAUUGAAGAUCAUAUAUACCAGGAGCUCAAGAGCACGGAUAUGAAGUACCGGAACCGUGUGCGGAGUCGGAUCAGCAACCUCAAGGACCCCAGGAAUCCCAGCCUGCGGCGGAAUGUGCUCAGCGGUGCCAUUUCAGCGGGGCUUAUUGCCAAGAUGACCGCGGAGGAAAUGGCCAGUGAUGAGCUGAAGGAGUUGAGGAAUGCCAUGACCCAGGAGGCCAUCCGUGAGCACCAGAUGGCUAAGACAGGUGGUACCACCACCGACCUCUUCCAGUGCAGCAAAUGCAAGAAGAAGAACUGCACCUACAACCAGGUGCAGACACGCAGUGCCGAUGAGCCCAUGACCACCUUUGUCUUAUGCAAUGAAUGUGGCAAUCGCUGGAAGUUCUGCUGAUAGAUGCCGGCCAAAAUUUCAGUGACCAGGAUGAGGAAGAACAAAGAAAACGCACUAUACCAUCGUAACUGGAGAAAAAAUAAAA